GGGCAGAAAGAACAUGAGUCACAGUGUGGGAGAGGGGCUGUCUCUAGGAUAUGGCAAGGCUGCUACACUGGAGAACUCAUGGCAGCUAAGGUUACCCAACCAAGACCAAGCCGGCCAGAGCAGUCCAGGAGGCUGUGUUAAUUGGUCUCAAUGGAGUUGAGGUGGGAGGGAGGGGGCAGGUGAAAGUGGGAGGGGACAUGCAAGAGAGUGUCCAGGGGAAAAGGAGUUGGAGGUGAAUACAAUCAAGAUACCUGGUAAACAUAUAUGAAACCAUCAAAGUUUCUGAAGAUUCUUUCGGAUACUGGGAUUCAAGGCGGUAUCUAGGAGGCUAUCUUCGGAAUUCAGAGACGGCACCAAAUGUUUCAAGGAAAAGCUUACCAGGUGCAAGUGAAAGUGUAGGAAAACAUAUGCUUGAAGCUUGUAACAACAACCUGGAGAUGGCCGUCACUAUGUUUUUGGAUGGAGGAGGAAUUGCUGAGGAGCCUAGUACCAGUUCAGCAAGUGUCUCUACUGUCAGACCACAUACAGAAGAAGAAGUUCGUGCUCCAAUUCCUCAAAAGCAAGAAAUAUUGGUGGAGCCAGAGCCUUUGUUUGGUGCUCCUAAAAGGCGAAGGCCAGCACGUUCAAUAUUUGAUGGUUUCCGAGAUUUUCAAACUGAAACUAUUAGGCAGGAACAGGAAUUAAGAAAUGGAGGAGCAAUCGAUAAGAAGCUGACCACCCUUGCAGAUCUGUUCCGGCCCCCGAUCGACUUGAUGCACAAGGGCAGCUUUGAAACAGCCAAAGAGUGUGGCCAGAUGCAGAAUAAGUGGCUGAUGAUAAACAUUCAAAAUGUACAAGACUUUGCCUGCCAGUGCCUCAACCGUGAUGUAUGGAGCAAUGAAGCUGUGAAGAAUAUUAUCCGGGAACAUUUCAUUUUCUGGCAGGUUUAUCAUGACAGCGAGGAAGGUCAGAGAUACAUACAGUUUUAUAAGCUAGGGGAUUUCCCCUAUGUUUCCAUCUUAGAUCCACGGACAGGUCAGAAGCUAGUAGAGUGGCACCAAUUGGAUGUAUCUUCUUUCUUGGACCAAGUAACAGGGUUUCUGGGUGAACAUGGGCAACUGGAUGGGCUUUCUAGCAGCCCCCCCAAAAAAUGUGCCCGAUCAGAGAGCCUCAUAGACGCCAGUGAAGACAGCCAACUGGAAGCUGCCAUCAGAGCCUCCUUGCAGGAGACACAUUUCGACUCAGAACAGGCAAAACAGGAUAGCCGCUCAGAUGAAGAAUCUGAAUCAGAACUUUUUUCUGGCAGUGAGGAAUUCAUAUCGGUUUGUGGCUCUGAUGAAGAAGAGGAGGUAGAGAAUCUUGCUAAGUCCAGAAAGUCUCCUCAUAAAGAUUUGGGGCAUAGAAAAGAGGAGAACAGAAGGCCACUGACAGAGCCCCCAGCCAGAACUGAGCCUGGCACAGCCACAAACCAUCAAGGAUUGCCAGCCAUGGAUUCUGAGGUCUUGGAGAUGUCACCUGAAAAGUCAGAUGGAAUAGUGGAGGGGAUAGAUGUAAAUGGACCAAAAGCACAGCUGAUGCUGCGGUACCCAGAUGGAAAAAGGGAACAGAUCACUCUUCCAGAGCAAGCCAAAUUACUGGCUUUGGUGAAGCAUGUCCAGUCUAAAGGAUAUCCAAAUGAACGUUUUGAACUCCUCACCAACUUCCCUCGGAGGAAACUCUCUCAUCUGGACUAUGACAUUACCUUACAAGAGGCUGGCCUCUGUCCUCAAGAGACUGUCUUUGUACAGGAAAGAAAUUAACACCAUAGCCUGACCUCUCUCAGCUUACCCCUUUUUCUCUUUUCCUGUGAGAUACCAUGUCACUAAGUAUGCAUUUUGGCUCAUAGGACUAACUAUAGAGCCAAAGCUGGCCAAGCAAGUCACCUGCCUUUUCUUUAUCUCCUCUGUCACUUGUAAAUCAGUCUCCUUCCCCUUACCUCUGUCUUCUGUCACUUGUAAAUCAGUCUCCUUCCCCUUACCUCUCUUUUUUCUUCUUCCUUUUUUCUCACUUUGUUCCUUCUUACCAGAUGUGGUGACCAAAUGGAAGUAAGAAUAACAUCUUUCCUAGUACUGGCAGCACGAGGUGUGUGUUCUAAUAAGUGAUGUCUUGCAUGACACCUUUUGGGGACCUAGUGAUGUUACUACUUCUAGACUCUGUUGACAAAGAAUGGCUAGAAUCAGAAUUAAAAACAGCCCCCAUUUUUGAUAGGAAAAAGAAAUUCUUUUAACAUGCACUUUGUUCAUCAUGUAGGAAGAUGUCAUAAUGAAAUAUCCAGGCUUUUGUUUAUGUGGGAAAAGCAUCCUUUAUACAGUUAGUCAUCAUAUUUAAGAUUUCCCUCAAGGAUUCCCAUCUUCUAGUUACAAGCCAUUUCCAUGAUGUGUAUUAUUGGCAGAAUCAGCGCUCAGUGUAUUGUGUGUAGCACAGGGUGGCUUUCAAUGUCCUAGCCUGAGACAGUUUCCUUUAUUAUUACUCUGUCAAUUAUAUUCCUCUUUCCAGUCCUAGGAUGAAACUUUAGUAAGCAUUUGGUCUGGGCUAGUAAGGUGCUUGCUGUUUUUGCCUGCACAGCAAAUUAGUUCCUUUGGCUCCAUUGUCUGAGUCUAAUGUAUUCUGUAGGAAGGCAGGUGUUCAAUAAUCAUGUAGUGCAAUGGCUUUGUAAUUGUAACCACUGUGGUUAUUGAUUGUCCUAUGUGCUUAAGGCAUACUUAAGUAUGUCCCAGUGUUGGGUGGGGUGGGGGUGGGGACAAAAGCCUGCAGCUGAGAGUUGCUAAAUGAUAUUCUUUUGGUUAGAAAUACUGAUCGUUUUUUACCCCCAAUUGGAAUAAUAUUUAAAAUGCUUUGGUAACAAAUUGUCCUUAAUUCCUCAGUUAAUUCCUGCAGUUUUGUUUUAGAAAAUAUCAAAACUGAAACUCUCUGAGAGGAAGACCUUCAAACUCGGUUCAUACGACAGCAGUUAGUAAGAGAGAUCACUAGUAAUCAUCAGAUGUGAGGUUUUUUUUCUGCCAACAAAAGUCACAUUCAAAUUGUAUUUGGUGAAAGCUUUUUUCAGUAUUAUUUAGAAGAGGCCACCUGAGUCUAUCUAAUACUAUUCAUAAGCUUCAUUAUAUGCUCAAUUCUUUCCUUGAGCUUUAAGUAGAGUUCUCUAGCAAGGCAGGUUGUGAUUUGGUGGGAAAACCAAAACUUCUUAUAAAACCAUUUCUAUAGAAUGACCUAUCUUGUAAGUUGAAGAUUUUGAGUGAUUCUUGAACCUGUACACAAUCUAAAUUGUGAUUACUCAGAAACCUUUGGAUUCCUGUGUACUUGCAGAUCUCUCUCUCUUGGCAACUAGGGGAUUAAAAGAUGAGCUAAAGAGAUGUGGUGUGUUACUAGUAUACAAUUAUAGAACAUGGUUGUUAAUGCUUGGAUUUUGAGGGACCUCCCUAAAGAAUGGGUUAUAUUUCUCCACAAGGAAAUCAUGGGAAAUUUUGUUAUUUUUCAGUGAGUCCUUUUGAAUUAAUGUUCUUACAUUUUUUCCUAAGUCUGUGUAAGUGCUUAUGUAUAAGUAUAUAAUUGUAUAAAUAUUUAUAAAUAUAUUUAUAUAAUUACAGUUUCAUUUAUACCUUGAGUCAAAGUUCUCUCUUUUGAUUGGUGACGGAAUAAUACCACUUUGGUGUUUUUCAUAGUGCUUGAGGCUUAACCAACAGUUUGGAUUUAUUUAGCAAGCAUGUUAAUUCCUCAGUUGUAUCUGAACUUGAAUAAAAACUGGCUGUCUGAGGAAUAGACUUCUCAGAGGCUUAAAAAAAACUAGUAGUCAAGGUCAGCAGUCUCAUGCUUCGGGAGCCACAGGGUAAAAGUGAGAGAGUACCCAGCUUUGUUAAGCUGGCACCAUCUCCUCUGCUGGCACAGGCCUAGCUAAAGCCCUAGUCCAUCAGAAAUAUGAAGUCAAAAAUUUUGCCUUCGAGGACUCUGCUGCACCCUCUUUUCUGCUAGGUCAGGUUCUCUUUAUCCAGUAAAGCCUACCUUGAGAACCUGAGGCAGGAUGUUGUAUACAGUUCUUUUCUUAUGUGUUUAGCACUGGCAAAUCCAUUUAUAGGAAACCAAAGUAAGAUGACCAAGUAUAUAUGUGAGUUAAGAGAACACAGCAUUGUGCAUCUAUCAAGCUUAGUCUGGAUGUUCAGCUGUAGGGGGCUUUAUUUAAUGUUGACAAGGAGUAUGAUUAUCAAGGUUGGCCCAUGGGAGGAAGGGUUAUGGAUUAUACAUGAGAGAAAUAAGUGGGGAUAUUGCCUUGCUUAAGAAUUUAAUCUGCAUAAGGAGUUUGCCUUAGUUCCUCUGCAAGUUAUUUUGCUUUCAAGGGAGAGCUUUCAUUGGACAGUCAGAUCAGGUCUGUGGGGUUAGUUAAAUGUAGUGAUUCCCUGUAUGUAGUAGAAACAGCUCAAAAGGUGAUUUUAAGUAAGGAGGAAAGGGACAAGAUAGACUUGAGUGACUUGUAGGGAAGUGAAAGGGGUGCUGUGUGGACUUGACAGGAGAACAGUGCCGGGGGAAGGGAGCAGCUAGCAUGUGUGGUGUGUACUCCGUGUGCAUUUCCUCCUUCAGUCUUCAUGCAGUCCCUACACAGUAUAUAUGUCCUCUACUCCUUUAUAAAUGCGGAAGAAAACUAGAAAUCAUACAGUGUGUUCAAUAUGUCGUUACUAGUAAGGGCCAAAUUAAAAUUAGAGCCCAGAGUCUGCCCUUUGCCUUCUGUGGUGUGUUGUCCUAUGUCAGUUGGAGUCCAUUUACUCUAAGGUCAUUUUACUCUUAUUUGGAUUUAUAAAUUAAGGGUCUUUGUUUAUUUAAAGGUGGAAGUAGUAUUUGGGGUCAAGAUGAUGGGACUUGCACUACCCUAUAAAAAUCUUAGUUAUGCCGUUUUAAAGAGAAGAUGCAGUUACUUUUUCUGGUAGAUUAUCUACGAUAGAUUAUUAAACAACUCUUUGUUUUUAUACUAUGUUUUAUCUUUUUGGUUUUUCUCUGUGUAGCCCUGGCUGUCCUGGAACUUACUUUGUAGACCAGGCUGGCCUCGAACUCAGAAAUCUGCCUGCCUCUGCUUCCCAAGUGCUGGGAUUAAAUGUGCCACCACUGCCCGGCACCAUGUUUUAUCUUCUAUUCAUAUGUACUGUAUUAGUGCCCUAUUGAGUCUGUAAUCAAAAGUUGGAAAUAUUUUGAAAGCUAAGAUCUGGUUUGAUUGUUUUAGUUAGGGAGUCAUCUUAUGUACAUGAAUAACAACUAGAAGGUGAACUUUCUCUCUUUCAGGAUUAAUCUGUUAUUACAAUAGGAACUUAGGAGAAAGGGGUAGUGUAAGUUUAGUUAGGGGUGUCUUCGCAGAGAAGAAAGACAGAUAUGGCAAGCACUGUAGCUCACUCUUUGGCUCCACCUUUUGUAAAUACUAGAUUUGAAGCAUGAAGUUUAUCAGUAAGGCAAGUCCUUUGCCCAGGUACUAAAGGAUUUUGAGCUCCAGUACUAAAAAACCCUUUAAUUAGCAAGGAUCUCACUUGAACACUUAAGAAAAAUAUCAAAGGGCUCCUGAAAAGUGAAGGCAAGAUUCCUCUCCCUGGGUACAAUGCAUGGUGUUUGGUACUAAGAUGAAGAGCCUGCCUGGUGAGGUCAGUGCCCUACUAUAGGGAACAGCUUUUCUUCCUCUGAAUCUUGGAUUUAGUUUUUGAAAAACAGAAUUGGACUAGAUUAGUAGUUCUUUGUCUUUUCAAGUCAGAGGACUUUGAGUGUUUGAGGGAAUGGUAGAGUCAACUACUAACAGUGAACUUCAUGGAGGAAGUGUGCACUUGGAGUCACAGCCCCACGAAGAGCUUAUGUCCGCCCCAAAGUUUUAAGCAUCUAGUUAUUUUAGAGCAUCCUCAGACUAAUUAAAUGUAUAAAAACUAUACUUGUUAAUCAGUUCCUUUGGGGUUUUUUCCCUAUAUUCAAGUAUCUUCUGCCCAAUCUUUUACAGACCUCAUUGUGAUGACUGAGCUCCCUCAGUACAAUAGUUACAGACCUAGUGAUCUUUAAACAGCUAAUUAUUUAUUUUUUAAAACUUAAUACUGUAAGCCUAAUGAAUUUAAAAAUGACUUAAAUGUAAUGAAUGCAGAACAGAUAAUGUCUCCAAUGCUGGAGCUGUAUUUGUGUGCUUCAAGCUAAGGACCGGCAGUUACAAAGCUGAAUUUUGUGAGUUGUGAAGUUCAGACUUGGUUUGUGCAGAUGUGACCUUUUCAAGAUGUCCAUCAAGCUGAUAUUUAAAAAUAGUUCUUCUUCCAUGGAGUGGAUCUUUGUCUCACCUUUUAGAGAUCUUUCAUUUAUUUACUUGAUAGUAAGUUACAGAGUACAAAAUUAUGAGUAAUGCCUUGUGUAAAACUAAAACUUGAAAUGUAAUGAGGGUAGGAAGAGCUAGCCCUGGGAGGGCUCACACUUCUCCAGCAGCUUAAGCCUUAAUGAGUAGGCUGCUUCUAGGCAACUUUGCUACUACCCGAGUUACUCCCCAGUCCCUGAACAGACACACCUAAAGGCCCUGUGAGCAGGGAGCAAAGUCCAGCGUCAGUGGUUUGCCUUACUUAACAUUUCUGUUCCUUACUGUGAAACUUAGAGUACCUAGUCCACAUUAGAGUGGGGCAAGAAUGUUCUUCAGAACUCAAAAUAACCAAAGAGUACCAUUCUAAUAUAUUGAUUUCUCGUAUAAGACAGAGAUUUAAAUGUUUCAGUGAUGAUUAUUUGGAUUUUAGACUCACCUUUGUGUCAGCUCUGGUAAUGAGACCACUUAGAAUCAAAGGUAUUUGGGUUGUUUAUCAUGACUUUGGUCAGUUUCUGUUUUGUUUUGUUUUUAGAGACAGGGCUUCUUAAUGUAAUAGCCCUGGCUGUCCUGGACUCACUUUGUGGACCAGGCAGGCUGAUCUCGAACUCUAGAGAUCUGCCUGCCAAGUGCUGUGACUAAAGAUGUGCGCUACCACACCUGGCUGGUUCGUUUCCUUAUUAAGGAACUCAGGUGUCCAGAUUAUUGGAUAUGAUGAAACCCUGAAGUAGAACAUCAGUUUAAUCCUUUAGUCCAUUUGGGGUGAGGGUGUCUUUUUUUUUUUUUAUUUUUCAAAUGUUCUUACAUAGUUCAGGCUAACCUCUCCUCUUCCUCUUCUUCUUCUUCCUCCUCCUCUUCUUCCUCUUCCUCCUCUUUUUUUUUCCCUUUGAGACAAGUUUUACUUAUGUAGUCCUGGUUGUCCUAGAUCAGGCUGGCCUCUUAAGUGACUGUGUAGUUAGCUGGACAUGACCUUGAACCUCUGUGUCCUUCUUGGGUUAAAGUGAGCCACAUGCCUGUCCCUUCUUCAUUUUUACUUAAUUCCUCCAAAAUUGGUCAUGAUAUUUAAUACACUUAGCUAUGUUUUUAAAGUUAUAUUUCUAAGCCUUAAUGUAUAUUUCCCACUUUUUAUAAAUUAAUAUAGAAGAGAAUAUUUUGAGGCAAACAUCGUUUUUACAACUCAUUUCUUCCCUAAGGAGUACUCUUGUUCCAAAUAGGAGAAUGGCUGGCCCUGUGAUAAACCUCCCAGGGGUAGUUGGUUUGGUUUUGGUUGAUUGGUUACAGGUUUUUGGUUGCCCUAACUAAAUCUCACCAUUUUCAUAAACAUUUUGUUUUUUAAAAACACAGCUCCUGAACCAGUACUUAGUUAAAGCACACUCAGCAGCGCAGACUGGCCUGGCACUCACUAGCCCCUAGGUUGGCCUUGAGCUCUCCUGGGAUUAGAAGGGCAAACCUGAUUAACUUGAUUUAACCUGAUUAAGUUUGACUUAUGUGUUUAAGAUGGCCUGUGUGCCAUAUAAUCCCAAAAUAAACUUGGGUAAUCCAUAUAAAUUACUUUAUUAAGCAUAAUGAAGAAGUUAUUAAAGUUUGCUUGUGGGGCUGGAGAGAUAGCUUUUAGCUUAGUAGUUAAGAGCACUUGUUCUUGCAGAAGUCCUAGGUUUGACUCUCAGCAACCACAUAGCAGCCCACAACUGUCGAUAACUCUAGUUCCAAGCAGUGCAACUCUUCUGAGUCUGGGGCCACCGGGCACACACAAAAGAAGGAAGCUGAGGCAGGAAGAUUGCUAGUUCCAUGUCAACCUGAAGUUACAUACCAAGACCUUAACUCAGAAUCCUCUUUUCCUCUCCCUUUUUGAAUACACCUGUGGUUUCUUGUGCCAUAUGUUUGUACAUUGCAUUGCUCUUCUACCCCAAUUAGAUAUCAUUAUUCUUUCAAGAAUUACAAUUAAAGCUAUUAUAAUGCCACAUAUAAGUAUCUACAUGAACACAAGUCUCAUUGCUCUGAAAGAAAAGAAAACAGUGAGAUAAUAGAUGUAUGGGUUUACAUUUUGUUUAUGUUUGAUUUUAUAAGAAGCCAGGAAACAUGGGGCUAGUGAGAUGGGCUCAGCAGUUAAGAGCACUUGUUGCUCUUGAGGAGGACCUGGGUGGGGUUAGUUCUCAGUCCCCACACAGUGAGCCACCACCAUCCAUAACUCCAGCCCCAGGGGAUCCAGUGCUGUCUUCUGACCUCUGAAGACUUCUGACUUCUAUACCACUAGGCACGCAUGUGGUACACAUAUGUGCAUGCAGGCAAAAACAGUCAUAGAUACAAAAUAAAGAAAAAUAAAAGUUUGUUUAAAGAUAGGCUCACAUAUUAGAGAUGUGAAUUCCAAUGGUAGAAUUUUACCUAAGAACAGUCACAUUAGUCUAUCUAUAACUGUGGGAAGUUACAUUGCUGUACUUAAUUCCUUGGCAGUAAGCAUCAGACUUACUUUUACUGUGUAAUGGUACUUCUAGCAACUAAGAUUUUAUAUGCCUUAUAAGGUCACUUAGGUUUUCAAAUGAGAAGGAGAAGAGUCAAGCUAAACUGGGACAAUAGGUCAUACCUGAUGAACUGUCUUCACCAGAGAAGAAGCUCUGGGCUGGUGUGUAGCUCAGGACCCUUGCUUGGAUCCCUGGGCUUACUAAGAAGAAAAGAGAAGUUUUUAAUCUAACUAGGAUAAUGAGAGUUGUUUACUGGUCAUCAGAAAUUGGGGACUGUUUUAAAUAAGUUCUGACCUGAAAUUGAAUUUUCCUUUUCUCAAAGUCCUUUAUAUUUACUCUUAUUCAUGGUCUCAUCUGGGAAUCUUUAAUAGGGAACCAUUCACUACCUCCCUGGUUUCUUUCCUGCAUCGAGAUUUCUGGUGGUGUGGUGUGUGUCACCAGAAUGAAUUUCAGGCUAAUGACAUUAGAAUAUUUAUAUUCAGAUAGAAAUCUUAUUUUCAACAGAAUGAGUUUAUGGUUCUCAAUGAAAAAUAUCAAAUACUAAGUGAUAGGACUCAAAAUACAAAUAAGUAGGCUCAUGAAACUAAUCUCAUGCUCUAAGCUGGGUUGACGCUCUGCCUGCCUCUAGAAUCCCCACGUUACCAGCUAAUUAGAGAAAGUGUGGUGGAACCGCCAGCCUCAGACCUCAGAAGCGAGUGCUGUCUGAUCCUGACGUGCUGUAGACUUUGGAGGCUUCUGUCCAAGUUUUGGCAUGAAUAUUUUAGACACAAGCUUUUCACUCCUGAGAAUUAUUUUUCCAGACAAUUUUUCUGUUGGUUAUUAAGAAAUUCUUUUUUUUUCCUUCUCUUUAUUAUGAAAGUUGUCUUUACAGUAAGUGUUGUUGUUCUGUGUAAACUUCAGGAGUAUUUGUGGGUUUUGCAUGUUUUGUAUGAGUUUAGUUUAAACAAUGCAUUUAAAAUCAUCUGGGAUGUCCAAUUCUGGUGUGUCUAUACAUGUUUGUGUUUUAAACAUGUCUCAUGUGUUUCCAAACCUCACUUUGUAUCUUACUUGAUAAUUGAAGUUGAUUUGGGCUAUUUGCUUUACAAGUGUUUUUUUCAAGCAGUUCUUACCACAGUGUUUAGAUAUUUCCUGGGCUGUUUAUAUGCUCAGUUUGCCCUGGACAAAGUGGUGGUCUUACUAAGAUUUGAAUCCUUAAUACAAAACGGGUUCCAUGUUUAAUCUAUAGUUCAGCUUGUUGCUGAAUCCAAGAUAUUGGUAGACAGAGCUAAUUCUUGGGAUGUGUUCCUGACCGGUGCCCUCUAGUAUUCAUGUGAGUUUCCAGGUUUCUGGCCAUCAAUCCCACAGUGCUAGGAAAUCAUUUACUGUUACACUUCUCCAAAUUGGAUUGAAGGCUAUGAGAAGAGCAAGGUGGGGAAAUCAUGCCCAUCCACUGCAGUUUUUGUUCAAGAUGCAGGAAAGACCCUCUCAAAUAUCUAGUGAUUAUAAAGGUGCUAGCGGGAGCCUGAAUCCAAAGGAACACGCAGAGGCAGGAGAGCUAGGACUCCUGGCUAAGACUUCCUGGACCCCACUGUACCUAGGGUACAUUAGACACCUCCCUAUUAUGUUUCCAUGAACACACGUAGGCUACUAUAGGCAAGUGCUUUCUGAAGUGAGGUUCUCUCUGUUGAAGAUUUAUUUCCUGGUUUGGGCUGUACCAAAUUGUGAAUACUCGCUGUGUUGUACCCAGUUGCUUUAUAUUACUACUGCAACUUGUAUUGGGGUGGGUGGGUGGGGCAGCAGGGUUGGGGAGGGAGGGGAUCGGAAUGAAGUCUUUUGAAGACAUCAGCUCACUGUGCUGAGAGAGGGACCAAACUCAAGGAAACCUCUGAUCUAUAAAUUCAACUGCUGCAUUUUUUUAUAAAUACAUGUAAAUGUCCUGUUGUAAUAUUUGAUCUUGGAAAAUAAAACAAAAACUUUUCAGUA